AUGGGUUCUCCUCUAGGCUCCCCACGGCUGGCAGCUUCAACCGCCAAGUUUCGAAACAGAGUCCCCGCCCAAAUGCAGAGAUGCCUUCCCCUCUACAUCUGCUGCGUGCUCCUCCUCUUCAUCAUCCUCAACUUCGACAUCUUCUACUCCAUACCCAGCCCACUCACGGCCUUCCGAACAGAAAAAGCACCGCUCGUAACUAGAACGCGCUUCAGCACGUUUCCGCAGAAGAUCUGGCAGACGUGGAAGGUCGAUCCGCUCAACUUUGAGGAUCGUGACUUGCUCACAUCCAGGACAUGGGUUAACAAGAACCCGGGUAUGCGAUACGAGGUUUUGACGGAUGAUAAUGAGCUUGCGUUUGUGGAAGAGCAUUUUGGGGCGGGAAGUCCGAUAAAUAGGCCUGAUAUUGUCAAGUUCUACAAGAGUAUCAACUUGCAUAUCAUCAAGGCUGAUUUGUUGAGAUAUAUGAUUAUGUAUGCUCAGGGUGGUGUCUACGCGGAUAUCGAUGUUGAGGCAUUGAAGCCAGUGCAUCGUUUUAUUCCCGAGAGAUAUGAUGAGAGAGACAUUGACUUGAUUGUUGGUGUCGAGAUCGACCAGCCCGAGUUCAGCAAUCAUCCAAUCCUGGGCAAGAAGUCAAAGUCCUUCUGCCAAUGGACCAUCAUCGCCAAACCUCACCAGCCCGUCAUGUUGCAUCUUAUCGAGCACAUCAUGGCUUGGUUAAAGGAAGAGUCGAAGAAGCAAAAAGUUGCUUUGGGAGACAUCGAGCUCACCUUCGACCAAGUCAUCAGCGGCACUGGUCCCUCAGCCUUCACCCACGCAUUGCUAGAGCAAAUGAGGCAGAACCACCGCGGUGGAAAGGUCACAUGGGAUCUCUUCCACAGCAUUGACGAAUCUAAAGUCGUCGGUCGAGUUCUUGUUCUCAAUGUCGAAGCUUUCUGCGCAGGACAAGGUCACUCUGACUCUGGAAACCAUGAUUCCCGCGGUGCUUUGGUGAAGCAUCACUACCACGCCUCCAAUUGGCCAAGCAAGCAUCCUCGCUAUAGCCAUCCAGCAUACGGACAGGUUGAGGAUUGCAAUUGGAAUGUCGAGUGUGUGAGAUUAUGGGAUGAGAAUGUUGCCGAGUACGAGAAGCUGUCUGAGGAAGAAAAGCAGGUCAAGAUAGAGCAGGCGAAGAAGCCGGAUAUUGGAAUCUGA